CCGGGGUUCAAUUCCCCGACUGAGAGAUUUUUUGCAUGUUUACAAUUUGCCUUGUUUUUAAAGGUCACGUGAGUGAUACGUGACUCAUCUCGCUGUCAUUUUAGCUCUUAAAAGAUCAAAUCUGUAAACUUUUUCUUUUUAUUAACUUUUAACGAAAGUCUACAUGUCUUCUGACGCACCAAAGAAGCUAUGGGGUGGUCGAUUCACCGGGGCAGUUGACCCUCUCAUGGAUGCUUUCAACGCUUCCAUUCAUUUUGACAGACGAAUGUAUGCUGCUGAUAUCAUCGGCUCCAUCGUCUACAGCAAAGCUCUCGCAAAGAAUGGUAUUAUUUCAGAACAAGAACGCGAUCUCCUUAUCGAAGGUUUGGAAAAGGUUCAGGAUGAAUGGGAGAAGAAUACUUUUCAACUUAAGCCUGGUGAUGAGGACAUCCAUACCGCUAACGAACGCCGUCUCGGUGAGCUAGUCGGUUCCGUUGCUGGCAAGCUUCACACUGGCAGAAGCCGAAACGAUCAAGUUGCCACUGAUAUGAGAAUUUGGAUUCGCGAAGAAGCUACCAAGGUUCUUGCGCAUGUUAAGGAACUCAUUUCUGUUGCGGUGUCCCGCGCUGAGCGAGAAACCGAUGUCAUCAUGCCUGGAUAUACCCACUUGCAACGUGCUCAACCUAUCCGCUGGUCACAUCUAUUGCUGUCUUAUGCUUGGUUAUGGAAGGCCGAUGCUGAACGCCUCAGUCAAUAUAUUGAGCGUAUCAACUACCUCCCUCUGGGAUCUGGUGCUUUGGCUGGACACGUAUUCAACAUCGAUCGUGAUUUCAUGGCACAAGAGCUUGGUUUCGCCGGUAUCAUUCAAAACUCUCUAAAUGCUGUCAGCGAUCGUGAUUUUGUUGCAGAAUUCCUUUUCUGGGCUUCCCUCACAAUGGUCCACAUCUCCCGCUUCGCCGAAGAUCUGAUCAUUUACUCCAGCGGUGAAUUUGGAUUUGUACAACUUGCUGAUGCUUACAGCACUGGCUCCAGUUUGAUGCCUCAGAAGAAGAAUCCAGAUUCGUUAGAGCUUCUUCGUGGAAAGUCUGGCAGAGUAUUCGGAGACAUGUCUGGUUUCAUGAUGUCCUACAAGGGUAUUCCAAGUACCUACAACAAGGACCUUCAAGAAGAUAAAGAACCGCUUUUUGAUGCUGUUGAUACCUUGUCAGGUUCAUUGCAAAUUACUUCUGGCGUUCUAAGCACUUUGUCGAUCAAUGCUGAGAAGAUGAAGGCAAGCUUGAGUACAGAUAUGCUUGCAACUGACUUAGCAGAGUAUUUGGUGCGCAAGGGUGUUCCUUUCCGUGAAACCCAUCACAUUGCCGGUGCUGCUGUCAAACUCGCUGAGGACCGCAAAUGCAAUAUGAGUGACCUCUCAGUUCAAGAUCUUCAAGGUCUUCAUAACGCUUUUGCUGAAGAUGUUAGUAAGGUCUGGAACUUUGAAACCAGCAUCGAAAACCGCAACACUCCUGGCGGUACCAGCAAGAAGACGGUCUUGUCUCAAAUUGAUUUGCUCAAGAGCUGGCUCCAUGCCAGUCAACAAAACCUUCACUAGAUGUAGAUUAGAAAGAAAAAAAUUUGAAUAAAAAUAAUUUGCCCGAUUUACGGUAGCAACAUCUAUGUGGAC